GUAGUCAAUGUUGACAAGGUUGAUUUUUCAAAUUAUUUUUCUAAAUACCAUUAGAAUAUUUAUGUAUAUUAUGUGUUACCGGUUUCAUGAAUAUUUCAUUUGUACUAUUUUAUUUCUUUGAAUAAUUUAUAUUGGUUUUAAAUGUCACGAUUAAAUCCAUCGAUCUCUUCAAAAUUCAAUAAUAUAAUAAUCAACAAGUUGCAGAGUGUAAAAAUAUUUACUGUGUUUGACUUUGUCAGUGAAGAUACUGAUAAAUUGGUCAAAAUUACGGAAUUGACAUUUAAGGAUAUUGAAAAAAUAAAGAAAGAAAUAGUCGAAAAAUUUGGCGGUAAAAUAAAAGAUCCAUUUCAGUUAUUCAUAGAUCAAAAAAGUGUUACUAUAACUGGAAUAUCAGCCUUGGAUAGUUUACUAGGAGGUGGUUUAUAUCCUGGUCGAAUUUAUGAAAUCUGUGGAAAAUCAUCCUCUGGGAAAUCACAAUUAUGUUAUACUCUCGCUGUGAAUAUUGCUGUAAAAUCUUCAGGAACAAUCAUUCAUUAUAUUUAUACAAAAAAAGAUUUUUCUGCGUCAAGAAUCCAAAUGAUUUUGGAGAAUAAAAAAUUGGAUGAUGAGGUAGCAGGCCGAGUUAUGAAUCAAAUAAAUACAACUCAUGCCAAGAAUGUUCAACAACUAUUUAAUGUUCUUUAUGAUUUUACACAAUCAUUGAAACAAAAUUCAAAAAAUGAAAAAACAAAAUUAAUAAUAAUUGAUUCAUUACCAGGAGUAUUCGUUAUGUCAGAGGAAAAAACUGAAGAUAAUUUUUCUUCAUUAAAUCAUUUAACGAAUGUUUGCCAUUUUUUAGCAAAUGAAUAUGCUUUAUCUAUUAUAACAGUUAAUUCAGUAACACAACCUUGGCGAGAAAUUGAUGGUUUUGAAGGAAAAACAACAACUGCUAUGAAACCUACUCUUGGAAAAUAUUGGUUGUAUAUUCCUAACACUCGAUUAUUGAUAGAAAAAGGUGAAAAUGAAAGCCGUACGAUAAAAGUAUGGAUGUGCGAAGAUGAAAAAAUUAAUUCUAGUGUUACUGUAACUAUAAAUAAUGCCGGGGUGUACUAAUAAAUUAUAUAAUUGUUUACAAACAUCAAAAAUUUCUUUGUACAACUUGAGUUUUCAAUAAAUAUUUAUCUUUCUUUGAA